UUUUGGUUCUGUAUCUACGAAUCCACAGCCUUCGCUCCCCUCACUCCCCCCAAUCUCUCGUUUGCCCUAAAACACGCAUGCUCAGUUCCUUCAUAAAGCUACUCUCUUUGCCUAUGGCAUCUCAAGGUGCUCCAAUGGCAGACAGCUUUGACUCUGCCACCUCAAACCUUCUAUGUGCAGAAAAUUCGAAUACCUGCUUUGAUGAUCUUGAUUCUAAUGCCACAGAUGACUUGGGGCACUCCCCAUCAAUUUCCCACAAAACCAAUCAAGACCCCAAUUUUGAUCACAACUGUAGAUCUAAGUCCAUGAUAGAUUUUCCAUCACAGAGUGAAGUGGGUGUGACUGAAAUGGUUAAGAGGGAGAGUGAGCAUUUGCCCACACACGAUUAUCUGAGGAGACUGCGUUCUGGGGAAUUAGACUUAAGCACUAGAAGGGAGGCCCUUGAUUGGAUUUGGAAGGCUCAUUCCCAUUACAGUUUUGGGCCGUUGUGUGUUUGGCUAUCUAUGAACUACUGGGAUCGCUUCCUUUCGCUUUAUGAAUUGCCUAGAGGUAAAACUUGGGCGUUGCAAUUGCUAGCCGUGGCUUGUUUAUCAAUAGCAGCCAAAGUAGAAGAGACUAAUGUACCUCAGUCUGUGGACUUACAGGUUGGAGAUCCGAAGUUUGUGUUUGAAGCAAAAACUAUACUAAGAAUGGAACUACUUGUGAUGAGCACCCUAAAAUGGAGAAUGCAAGUUUGUACUCCUUACACUUUCAUUGACUACUUCCUCGGCAAGAUAUGUGAUGAUCAACAUCCGUUGACAUCGUCCAUCGGUAGAUCAGAACAACUCGUUUUGAGCACAAUCAGAGGUAUUCACUUUUUGGAAUUCAGGCCUUCGGAAAUCGCUGCAGCAGUCGCAAUUUGUAUUUCAGGAGAAAUACAAGCACAAUCAGUAGACGUCGAUAAGGCCAUUUCUUGUUUCGUACAUGUAGACAAGGAAAGAGUGUUGAAGUGUAUUGAACUGAUGAAAGAUUUGUCAUUGAUCAGUGAUUCCGCCAAUCGGGGAAGCGCCUCAGGUCCGUCGGUGCCCCCAAGUCCGAAUGGGGUGUUGGAUGCUGCAUGCUUGAGCUGUAAAAGUGAUGAAUUUAUAGUUGGAUCAUGUGCAAAUUCUUCACAUAGUAGUCCAGACAUUAAGAGGAGGAAACCAGACAAUCAGUCAUGAGGUGUGAACUUUUCUCCUUCACACCCCAGCCAAUCAGUUUGGUUGAAUGGGAAGUUUUGGUGUGGUUUUGGAGGUCCCCUAUAGCAUUAAUAUACAGAGAGAGAGAACCAUAGAUUUGAAAUGUGGUGAAGAUCCAAUCAUCCAAAGGGUUCGCAAUCACAGCAUUUUGAAAGAUAUGUUGGUGGUGUUUAGGGAAACAGUUUUGUUUUUUACCUUUUCCCUUCAGUGACAAUUCUAGAUCAAUAAAAUUUUACACCCGAAGUCUCGAA